AUGAGUAUCCCGGGUAUGUUGCCGGGCAUGGGUGCCAACAACCAGAUGCAAGGAAUGAACGAAAAUGAGCAGUGGAUGAUUAAGAUGAUGCACAGUGGAAUGGAGUCGUGUCCCGUGAAGACAGUCAUGGCCGGUACAAUGGGUUUCGGUCUGGGUGGUGCUUUCGGUCUCUUCAUGGCCAGUAUGUCCUACGACUCCUCCCUCACACCCCAAGGCCAAGCAAUCUCGAACCUCCCCUGGCGGGAGCAAGUCCGCCGCGGCUUCAAGGACAUGGGCGCGCGCUCCUGGUCGUCCGCGAAGAACUUCGGCAUCGUCGGUGCCCUGUACUCCGGUACUGAGUGCUGUAUCGAAGGUCUGCGCGCCAAGAACGAUCUCACCAACAGCGUUGCGGCUGGUUGUAUCACUGGCGGUAUCCUUGGUGCUAAGGCUGGGCCGCAGGCGGCUGCUUUUGGCUGUGCGGGUUUUGCGGCUUUCAGUGCGGCUAUUGAUGCUUAUAUGCGCAUGCCUGAAUCUGACUAG